AUGAAGCAGGUAGCUUGGCAAGCAAUCCAAGCCCACUGGGAGACCAUCUGGAUGACGCAUGAAACGCUGGAUGACUGGGAGCUCCUGGCGUCGUUGCAGACUGUGAUCCUAUACGCGAUCCUGCGCGCCACAGCGGCAGAAGAGAUACUCGACUUGGACAAUGACCUUAUCGGAGUCGGGGGCACGUCCGCACGAGAUUUCGAUCUCUCGAGCCUGGUCGCCUUUAGCCAUGUUGCGCAAGCCAUUGCGUGGCGGGUUGGUGGGAGACGAGGCAUGGAGGCAACGAACACUUCCCACACCACGAGUUGGGAGAAGUGGAUUUUCGAGGAAGCGAGGCGGCGAUGUGUGAUUGUCUUUAGAGUGUUGAACCUAGUGUACGACUUGUCGGACGCGGUGAGCUGUUCCGGUAUGCCUGGCUUUGUGAUCGUGCCGUUGCAGAUGCCGGAGAGGUUGUGGAUGGCACAAGAUGCGGAAAGCUGGGCUGUCAGCUUUGAAGAGGUCUGGCAGGAGAGAGCCAUCCGAGGGGUCGAUAAGGGUGGCAGACUGAUGAAAUUGAGGAUGCUGGAAGGCGAGGGAAGAAGGAUGAAUGAGGCGGUAGAUAGUUGGGCGGGCUGGUGUGUGCAGAAUGGCAUGCUGGGUAUGCUGGCUGCAAGUGCAGCGCUCUUGUUGCAAUGA